AUGGGAAAUGGGUCAUCCGUGAAUGAGUUCAUCCUUCUGGGCUCCCCAACCCUUCAGCCGUGGCAUCUUUCACUGUUUCUCCUCAUCCUGAUAAUAUACCUUUUCACCUUGGCUGGGAAUGGUUUCAUCAUAAUAAUUGUGAGGCUCAACUGGCAACUCCAGACCCCAAUGUAUUUCUUUCUUAGCAACCUCUCCUUCCUGGAGAUCUGGUACACAACCACUGUCAUCCCUAAGAUGCUGGAGACCUUCAUGACCACCAGGACAACCAUCUGCCUUCAUUGCUGCCUCAUGCAGUCCUUCUUUCACUUCUUCCUUGGCAUCACAGAGUUUCUCAUCCUAUCUGCCAUGUCCUUUGACAGAUACAUUGCCAUAUGCAAGCCUUUGCAUUACACCAGUAUUAUGACCAGAAAGCUAUGCUCUGUUUUGGCUUUAGGGUCUUGGUCACUGGGAUUUGUGAUCAUCUUCUCUCAGGCAGCUUUGCUUCUGAAGCUGCCAUUUUGUGCUGGUAAUGUCAUUGACCAUUACUAUUGUGACAUUGGCCCCAUUUUGAAACUGGCCUGUGCUGACACUAAGCUCAUUGAAUUCCUAGGCUUGUUGGAAACAAUCACCAUAAUCCCAAGUUCUUUCCUUUUCUCUGUGGUUUCCUACAUCUACAUCAUCCUGACCAUCCUGAGGAUCCCCUCCAGCAAGGGACGACAGAAAGCUUUCUCUACUUGUGCAUCCCACCUCACAGUUGUCAGCAUUCUUUAUGGAGCUGUUCUCUUCAUGUACUUGAAACCCACCGCACAUUCUUCCUUCAGUUUCAACAAAGUGAUCUCCGUUCUCAACACAGUGUUAACUCCAUUGCUGAAUCCUUUUAUAUAUACUAUACGGAACAAAGAGGUCAAAGCUGCUCUGAGAAAGGCUAUAGCCAAGUGA